GUCGUUAGGGACAUGGAAACAUUAGAUAAGAAGCACGCUGUACGUCCCCAAAACUUCAACGGCCUGCCGGCGCCACCUCUCGCGACAUCCCUGCAAUAAAAAUUUCAGACAGCAGACGCGCGAUCGAGUCUUCGAUUCCCCAGAUCUCUCUCUCUCUCUCUCUCUCUCUUUCUCUCUCUACGGAAAUCGAACUUGGCAUUCUCGCGAAUCGGCUUUCCGGAUGGCGAAGCAGAGGACCUCGCGAUUCCCGGGGCGCAGGGCGGCGGGCUCGCCGUCCUCGACCCUGAUCCUCACGCUGCUCCUCGUGUUCUCCUUCGUCGUGCUGAUCCUCCUCGCCCUCGGGAUCCUCUCGAUGCCCGGCGGCUCCUCCGCCGGCGGCGACCGGCGGAAGGCCAACGAUCUGGCCUCGAUCGUGAGGAACACCGUCGACAGGAGCAAGGGGGAUGAAGGUCGAGCGGAGCAGUGGGUGGAGGUCAUAUCGUGGGAGCCUAGAGCUUUUGUAUAUCACAACUUUCUGUCUAAGGAAGAAUGUGAAUACCUCAUUGAACUUGCAGCGCCUAACAUGGAGAAGUCAACAGUGGUAGAUAGUGAAACUGGGAAGAGUACAGAUAGCAGGGUACGCACGAGCUAUGGAACAUUUCUGGCGAGAGGACGUGAUAAAAUAAUUAGAGACAUUGAGAAAAGAAUUGCAGAUUACACCUUCAUACCUGUAGAGAAUGGAGAAGGACUUCAAGUUCUGCACUAUGAAGUUGGGCAGAAGUAUGAGCCACAUUUCGAUUACUUCCUUGACGAAUAUAAUACCAGGAAUGGUGGUCAGCGCAUGGCUACACUUCUCAUGUACCUUUCAGAUGUUGAGGAAGGAGGUGAGACAGUAUUUCCUGCUGCCAAAGGGAAUUUCAGUUCUGUUCCUUGGUGGAAUGAGCUAUCUGAUUGUGGGAAGAAGGGUUUGUCUGUUAAACCAAAGAUGGGGGAUGCCUUGCUCUUCUGGAGCAUGAGACCUGAUGCCACAUUGGAUGAAUCUAGUUUGCACGGUGGUUGCCCUGUGAUUAAGGGUAAUAAGUGGUCAUCUACCAAAUGGAUGCGUGUCCAUGAGUACAAGGUCUGAAUUAUCGUACGGAAGGAGGGACUACUUUCGGUCCUUAGAGCACAGCUGAUCACUUUGACCGCUCCAGUACAUUGUCCUACACUUGCAUGUUCUAAUGAAGUUCGUGAUGUGAUGCUGUUAUCAUACUGGAAAGAAGUCUAAGAUGAAUCAUCAUUCUUUUGUCUCAGAUCACUUAUGGUCCUGUGCGAGCAGACAAUCCUUCCAUGUUGUAGAUCUUGGUUCAUUACCUUUGUGCUGACUGCGACUACUUUUCUUGUUGUAACUUGAGAUAGAGCUGUAGAACAGACACAGGGAAGAUAAGUUCUGUUCCUUUUUCUUCUUUUUUUUCUUCUUUUUUUGGUUAAAUUAAAAAAUUUCUCUUAGAAGGAACUGUAGUGCUUGAGAUGCUGACGAGAAUGACCGAGAUUACAAAUGCGAGGUGUGAUAUUCUUUCUUCUUUUGUAUC